CGGCGGUCACAGCAGGCAGGAAACCCACGCCAGACGGCCACCGAGCGCCUCCCUCCGCCCCGUCGCUCCCGCCCGGGAGGCCGCCACGGCUCUCCCCGACCUCUCGGAGCUAUCCUCCGGCGGAGGAACGCCUCUCUACAGGCUUCCGGGCCCGAACAACGGUCCAGAGCUCGCGAAAAGUCCUCACGGGGGUCUAAGGGCUGAGGAUAGCCCUCGAGCCUGGCUGGGGACAAGGGGCGGAGGGUGGAAGUGGGGGCGGGGGCGGGGCGGUAGCCGUUGGGUGUUUGCAACCAAUUGGCAUUCCGAGCGCCGCGCGCGCUGCAGUUGGUUCCGGUUCCACUUCCCCCCCACCCCCUCUCAGCCUCCUCAGGCCCCGCCCCUUAGCCCGGCUCCCUUCUCGUUCCCCUGCCCCGCCCCCCUCCACCCUCCGGGUCAGCCCCUCCCCCCGCCCUCUUCCAGCUCGUUCCAUUUAAUUGUUGAAUUGUCAGCGCCGCCCGCCCGCUCGCGGCCGGUAGGGGGCGGAGUUAGAGCUUUGAACUUUUCCGCUGCGUGUGCCGGAGGGAGGAUAAAUAGAAGAAGAAAUCUGGGAAGGAGCAAAGCAUUGUUUACAAAUGUCUUAAUAAUGAGCAAAUGUGGCAGGAAAAAAUAUAUUAAGACAAGUAUAAGACAAAUGACCAUGGAAACAGUUGAAUCUCAGCAGGAUGGAAGUGUAACAGAUUCUGUAACAGACAGUGAUUCUGCUCAUGUACAGACUCAGACUGGUCAAAAUUCUAUUCCAACCCUAGCUCAGGUUUCUGUAGCUGGAUCAGGCACCGGAAGAGGCUCUCCAGCUGUAACUCUAGUGCAAUUGCCUUCAGGUCAAACUGUACAUGUCCAGGGAGUGAUUCAGACACCACAGCCAUCGGUUAUCCAGUCACCACAAAUACAAACUGUUCAGGUAGCAACAAUUGCAGAGACAGAUGAGUCUGCAGAAGCAGAGGGUGUAAUUGAUUCUCAUAAACGUAGAGAAAUCCUUUCAAGAAGACCUUCAUAUCGAAAAAUACUGAAUGAACUUUCAUCUGAUGUGCCUGGUGUUCCCAAGAUUGAAGAAGAAAAAUCUGAGGAAGAGGGAACGCCACCUAACAUCGCUACCAUGGCAGUGCCAACUAGCAUAUAUCAGACUAGCACGGGGCAAUACAUUGCUAUAGCCCAAGGUGGAACAAUCCAGAUUUCUAAUCCAGGAUCUGAUGGUGUUCAGGGACUACAGACAUUAACAAUGACAAAUUCAGGAGCUCCUCCACCAGGUGCUACAAUUGUACAGUAUGCAGCACAAUCAGCUGAUGGCACACAGCAGUUCUUUGUACCAGGCAGCCAGGUUGUUGUCCAAGCAGCUACUGGUGACAUGCCAACCUACCAGAUCAGAACUCCUACUACUGCUUUGCCACAGGGAGUCGUAAUGGCAGCCUCUCCAGGAAGUUUGCAUAGUCCACAGCAACUAGCGGAAGAGGCAACCCGCAAACGAGAAUUAAGGCUUAUGAAAAAUAGGGAAGCUGCUAAAGAAUGUCGACGUCGAAAGAAAGAAUAUGUAAAAUGUCUGGAGAGUCGUGUUGCAGUGCUGGAAGUUCAGAACAAGAAGCUUAUAGAGGAACUUGAAACCUUGAAAGACAUUUGCUCUCCCAAAACAGAUUAGUAGAAAUAUUUACGCUAUGAACUGAUUACAACAUGUACAGUUGCUUUUGAAGGCAAUACAAUAUAUAGCCGGCAAGAAUUAUGGCUUUUUUCCUUUGUAUCAUUCAUCUUAGAGUAUAAUUUCUAACAUUCCUGAAAUGCUUUACUGUACUUUGUUGACUCUUAGCUGUAACUUCAGUUUUUUAAAGGAGACAAACUGUAAAAAAUGUAUGUAACAGAUUCUUAAAAUGCAAUAUUUGUAAGACUUGUUCCAUUGCCACAUAUUUGCAGUUUCCACUCUUUGUGUCACUAAUAGUGUCCUACGCAAUAAAAUAUUUUGCAGGUCUUUUAAAAAUCAUUUUAGGAAAGGAUGAUCAGAGAUAAUGCAUCCAACAGUACAAUAAAAUUAAACCACCAAAAAUACCUCAGGAAGUUGUUAAUAGAAAGUAUGUUCUGAUUACAUACCUAUAUGAGAAUAGUAGCUCAUAAAUGAAUUUAUGGCAUUUUUCAGAUUUUUAUAUUAGUUACUUUGUGAAGAAAAUAUUGUAUUGCUGUCCUUGAAUGCCAUGGUUGAAGAUAGUUUUUAAUAGAACCAUGUUGGUUACACUUUGUAGUGUUUGGUGCUCAUUUAAAUAUCUGAAACACUUACUACAGUUUUUAAUCUACAAUGUAAUAUAAAAGAUCUUGCAGAA